ACCCGGCGGACGGACCAUGGGCGGCCCCGAUGGGACGGAGGGGAGCGAGACCCCGGAGGGGAGCGGGGAACCCCCGAGGAGCAGCGGGGAACCCCCGAGGAGAAGCGGGGAACCCCCGAGGAGCAGCGGAGAUCCUUUGGCGCUGCCCCAGGACUACGAACUGUCCGGCAAGGUGAUGUUACUUGGAGACUCGGGCGUGGGGAAAACCUGCUUCCUGCUCCAGUUCAAAGACGGGGCUUUUCUCUCCGGGACGUUCAUAGCCACCGUGGGCAUAGAUUUCCGGAACAAAGUGGUGGUCGUGGAUGGUGUGAAGGUGAAGUUGCAGAUCUGGGACACAGCAGGACAGGAACGUUUCCGCAGCGUCACCCAUGCCUACUACCGGGAUGCCCAAGCCCUGCUCCUGCUCUACGACAUCACCAGCAAGAUGUCCUUCGACAACAUCCGCGCCUGGCUGACGGAGAUCCAUGAGUAUGCCCAGAAGGACGUGGUCAUCAUGUUGCUGGGCAAUAAGGCUGAUGUGAGCAGUGAGAGGGCUGUGAGGACAGAGGAUGGAGCAUCACUGGCCAGGGAGUACGGAGUGCCUUUCAUGGAGACGAGUGCCAAGACAGGCAUGAACGUGGAGCUGGCCUUCCUGGCCAUUGCCAAGGAGCUGAAGCAGCGUGCGGUGCAGUCGCUGGAUGAGCCCCGCUUCCAGAUCCAUGAUUACAUCGAGUCACAGAAGAAGAAACCCAGCUGCUGUGCCUUCUCCUGAGGGUAGCUCAGAGGAGCUGGCAGGCCUGGGGGCCCAAGCAGGAGGCAGAGCAAGGCCCAAUCCUGCCCUCAAGCACUGGCGGGAACCAAGCUCUGACAAGCCAAGGUGGAUGGGGCAGUACAGUGGAGCAGAGUGCAUGAGGAGAGCCCUUGUCCUGAUGCCAAGAUUCAAAUCCUGCUGCCCUGCAGAGCAAUGACCUGUGUGCCACCGUGGAAAUCACUAUGGUGUGGUGACUGCCAGCCUGGGCAGCGAGCCGUGGUGAUCCAUCACCUCCAUCACAUGAGCAGGGUGCAGGCCACAGCCACACACCUCACCAAGGGACCCUUGGAGUGGCUGGAGGGGCUGUGCCAUGGAUGAGCCCCCUUGUAGCCCCCAGUCCUGUCCUCCCCUGCAGCUAUUCCUGCUCACAGCACUGCUGUUGUUCAACUGGAAGGGCCUGGUCCAGUCCCAGUGUCCCUGGUGCUGCCAGGCUCUGGCUUCCCUCCAAGGAACCUCUACUCUGCCCCCCUGGGCUGCCCCACACCCUGAUGUCCACGCUCACUCGGCUGUGGCUCUUCAUUUCUGCAGUUGUUGCCAAUGGCUUUUAUCCUCCUGCCACCACAAAGGCAAUGAUGUCCCCAUUGUAUCCUGGUGCUGCUUGAGGGAAAGGCUGGAAGGGUCCAGCCAAACCUGCUCCCUGCCCACACAGCUGAUGUGAGAAGUAAAAUUCCCCUGGGAGCAUCCAAGCAGUGCUUGGGGCAUUUCUGGUACACACAGCAAUUUGGAAAAACUUUACUUCCUCCAUGUUGUAGCCACAGAAAUUAGAGAAUUUAUUUUUUUUAACAAGAAAAGCCUUUUUCAUUUCAAUGCCUACAGACUAAACCACUCCAGCCUCCUGCAGGAGAUGCCCAUGGUGGCAUGGGUGAUGGUCCAGCCCCACCACCUCCCAGGCCAGGCUGGGUUCUCCCCCAAAAUUGCCCAUGUAAUACAACUAUGCCUUCCUGCUGCUGGCAAUUAGCAGCUGGAACCCAUUUUCUGCAAACCAGAUGCCUGAGAGCCUUCAGCCAGCAAACACUGCUCUGUUGGGGCUCAGGAACAUCCCUAGUGCUCAGCCCAGUUCUGUUGCUACCUCGAGCACUCUGUCUACUCCCCUGAACACUAUCCAGAGAGGUCAGGGAAUAUUUGGUUGUGUAGCUGAAGCAUUGAUGCAGAGAGCAGCUGUGGAGGGUAUGGCACUCCUGCACGUAGGAGUCAGGGACUGUCCACCACAUCUGUCCCCAUCAGCAUCUUCCCUGGCCCUGCACCUGACUGCUCGUGUCUUGCCUGCCCCGGUGCCUCCUUCACCUCUGCUCUGCCCCAGGGUCUCUUCUUUGCAAGUUUACAGAU